GGAGGAUAACGUUUUUAACCAGACAUAGAAAUCAAAAAGACUAUAACCCAUGAAGAAGACAACACUGUAAUAACAACCCAACUGAACGGAGCUUUUACAAAUGGCUGCUUCAUCUGUCGCCCUGCAUCAUCUCACCCACUGUUCCUUCAUCUCUCAGUACAAGGAAGGGUUAAUAACAGCAAGACCCAAAUACACAUUUAGCAGAAACAGUGAUAAUGUUGUCAGACCCAUUAAAGCUUCUUCAGUAGAAGCACCUCCAUUUCCUCUCUUUCAGUCUCCCAAAACUGAGGAAUCUUCCUCUGAGUUGGAACCAGCAGACCCUGAUUUCUACAAGAUAGGUUAUGUUCGAAGCAUGCGUGCUUAUGGAGUUGAGUUUAAAGAAGGUCCAGAUGGAUUUGGGGUCUAUGCUUCUAAGGAUAUUGAACCGCUUCACCGUGCCAGAAUGAUCAUGGAAAUCCCGAUUGAGUUAAUGUUAACUAUAAGCAAGAAGCUCCCAUGGAUGUUUUUUCCUGAUAUAAUACCAGUGGGUCAUCCAAUAUUUGAUAUUAUCAACUCAACUGAUCCAGAGACAGAUUGGGACCUGAGGUUGGCAUGCCUUCUUUUAUUUUCGUUUGAUUGUAAGGAUAACUUUUGGCAGCUAUAUGGUGACUUCUUACCUAGUGAGGAUGAGUGCACUAGCUUGCUUCUCGCUACAGAGGAGGACCUCUUGGAGUUGCAGGAUCAGAAUCUUGCAUCAAUUAUGAGAAAACAACAACACCGAGCCUUGGAAUUUUGGGAAAAGAAUUGGCACUCGGGUGUUCCCCUCAAAAUAAAGCGACUUGCUCGUGAGCCUGAAAGAUUCAUUUGGGCUGUUAGUAUGGCCCAAUCACGGUGCAUUAACAUGCAAAUGAGAGUCGGUGCUCUAGUUCAAGAUGCAAACAUGUUAAUUCCUUAUGCUGACAUGCUGAACCAUUCCUUCCAGCCAAACUGUUUUUUCCACUGGAGAUUUAAGGAUCGAAUGCUUGAGGUGAUGAUAAAUGCUGGUCAACAAAUUAAGAAAGGAGAGCAGAUGACGGUGAAUUACAUGAGUGGACAGAAGAAUGACCUGUUCAUGCAAAGAUAUGGCUUUUCAUCAUCUGUGAAUCCUUGGGAUGUCAUCCAGUUCUCUGGGAAUGCAUGCAUUCAUUUGGAUUCGUUCUUGUCAGCCUUCAACAUAUCUGGCCUUCCUGAAGAGUAUUAUCAUAACAAUCAGUUAACAAGCACUCCAGAUACUUUUGUUGAUGGAGCGGUUAUUGCAGCAGCAAGAACGUUGCCCACUUGGUCAGAUGGAGACGUGCCUCCACUUCCAAGCAUAGAAAGGAAAGCUGCAAAAGAAUUGCAAGAAGAAUGUCAGCAGAUGCUUGCAGAAUUUCCUACAACUUCUGAGGAAGACCAAACACUACUAGAUACCGUACCAGAUUCUAGGAGAACUCUAGAAGCUGCAAUCAAGUAUAGAUUGCACAGGAAGAAGUUGAUUGAGAAGGUUAUCCAGGCAUUGGAUAUCUAUCAGGAGAGAUUACUGUUCUAAGCAUGGAGUUCUCCUCUUUCCAGGAUCAGUGACAAUUUUGUAACAGGUGCCGAUGUUCAUGUUUUCAGGCAGUGUAGAGAGUUUUAAGUCAUUCUUUUGUUUUAGCAUCAUCUGCCCAUCAUAUUCUCUUUAGGCCUUUCAGAUGUAGAAAACCAACUUUUGAUAGAGGCUUAAGGGGUGUCCCGUUCUGAUUAAUAUGAGAGUAAUUAUCCCAUCUAAUCAUCAACUUGGCCAAA